AUGUGCCCCACGCUCUUGCGCAAGGCUAUCGACGCGCAGACUCGCUUCUCUCUCUAUGGGCAAGAGGCGUAUUUUACAAGCGCCGCUGCUAUGAGGCCCGUGACCCACCCCGUAAGCUGCCUGAACUUGCUGGGGCAGCGUGCUCGACACUCGCCAUGCCAGGGCCUGGGUCCCAGCUUGUGUCAUUGGCUGGUGCUGUCACUACCGCUGUUGCUACUACUGUUACUGCUGCUACUACUACUGUUACCGCUGUCACUACCGCUGCUGCUACUAGCUACUACCACUAUUGUUACUACUAGCUACUACCACUGCUCCUACUGCUACUACUGCGCUUGCGCCUUGUCUUUCGACCGAGAGUCACGCGCCUCGUUUGGCCUGCCCCCCCGUACUCGUUCGCAACCCGUACUCGCGCGAAAGCGACAAGUUUGCGCGUCCCGGGCUGGUUUCCUUUUCCCACGUUCCUUUUUGGGCCCGGUUUUUUUUUUGUUUUUUUCUUUCUUUCUUUGUUUUUGUGGCGGGCCGAAAGCGAAGGGGCGGCGGGGGGUUUGUAUCGGAGCGGCGCGACGUGGUAGCGCGAGUACGAGUACGAGUACGAGUACGAGUGGGGUGCUCUCCAUGUUGGCUACUCCCGUCUCGCUACCCCCGUAUCGCUGCCCUCGUCUCGCAUUGUUCAACAAUACUCGGGUCUUGUUAUCCACAGUUCUCGCUGAGGCUCGUACUGUUCAGUAG